AUGGCACCUUCAAGAGCAGUCCUCCGCAGUGCAUCCACCGCCUUCGCCGCCCUCAGAACCUCUUCCCGCACAUUGGCCUCGGCAGCACACCCAGCGCGACAACUACACCACUUGUCGCCUUCUUCUCGCUCCACUCUCACACAGCGCUCCAUCCUCACAACCUCGCCGUCACUUAGACACAACUCCUCAGACGCAGCAACAGCAUCCUCCACUGCAGUCGAAGCCCCAGACUAUCUAGACGAAAAAGAACUCCACAUCUUCCAAAAGCUGGCUGCAGAACUAUCGCCCACAAAGCUCGAGGUUCGUGCUGCCAAAAAGCAAAAAGCAGAAAGGAGCAAUGGGAAAACUGACACAGACGACAUACAGGUUCAAGAUGUCAGCGGUGGGUGUGGAAGCAUGUACGCCUUGGACAUUGUAUCUGCAAAAUUCAAGGGCUUGAGUGUGAUCAAGCAACAUCGCUUGGUCAAUGCCGUGCUCAAGGAUGAGAUCAAAGGGUGGCAUGGUGUGCAGCUAAAGACGAAAGCCCCUGAUUGGGACAAGCCUCUAAGAAUUGGGGAUUACGAGGUGCUAUAG